GGGCACGUGUGUGUGGUACCUUUCGGCACUACGACGCCCCAAAAGUGCGAUGUACCAAACGCAUGCGGAGCAACGAAAGUGCGAUGUACCAAAGUGUACGGACGAACGUGGAUGGCACGACCUUCGUCACCACGAACCGCGUCGUGAUGAGCGAAGCAGUAGAGACCAUACCGACAACCAGGGACGGCCAAAAAAGCUCCCGCGUGGUCUUGAGCGAGGGGCGACAGGGCGUGCUGUCAAAGAACCUCAAUCUGCACGAAGGUCACGCUUUCAAAAGAUGAGUCCUACGAACCAAACUCUCUCAAGCACUGCGGCAGCAUCGAUUGGAUACAACGGGUCACCGCCCGCGGCUGACCUCCUUAAGGCGGCAAUGCAGAAAGGACUCGUGCCUGUUGUCGCAGACUCUGCCACAAAGGCGCGACGGGAGCUUUUCGUUGGCAACACUCCACAAGGUACAAGUGAGCGCACACUUAUGGAUCAUUUGAAUGCAGCGAUGACACUGGCCAUGCUCACGUCAGCACCAGGAUCUCCGGUAAUUGCGUGCCGUUUGAGUGCUGCGUUUGCGUUCGUUGAGUUGCGAAGCGUCGAAGAGACAGAUCGUUGUCUGAAUCUCACGGGAUUACCAUUUAUGGGCGCGUCGCUCAAGAUUGGGCGCCCAUCCAAGUAUGACGGACCAGUCACCACAGCUACUUCCUGGUCUCAUAUCCUGCUCAGCCUUGGCGCUGAUGCGGUCGAUGGGAUGUCGCCCGCAGCCCUGGUUCUCAAAGCAGGUGGUGCUGACACGUCCCUAGUUGCGCUUGAAAACGAUGCCACGAAAUGUGAGCUCUUCAUUGCAAAUUUAUGCCCUGAGAGCAACGCCUCCACACUGGCCGCAUUUCUCGAAGCACUCGCAGUCGAAGCUGCAAUAGAUGUGCAAACUGGUGGGGCCAUUAAAAGUGUCCGGGUGUCUGGAACAUAUGCCUUCCUCGAGACGCGAUCUCAUAGCGACACUUCAGCGCUUCUAAAUUUCGAUGGUGUUCCCUUUCGUGGCCAUCGGCUAAGGAUUUGCCGACCAACAAAGAGCACAGAUACAAAUCAUGGCACGACAAGUGGGUUUGAAGACGACAACGACUUUCGCCAGAAAUGCUCAAACUGGGCAGGAAUGCUCGAGUUGAUUCGAUACCGACGUGGCAGGUGUGAUCAAAAUAUCCAAAAUAAGAGCGACCAUCACUCGGAUGGUUUUGCGGAAACAAAGGCACUGCCGCUCUGUGC